AUGUCAUCCGCUACUCAAAGAUUGUCACAAUUAGGUAACCAUUUACAACAAGAUAACAAAGCAUCUUUAAAUCCAGUAAAACCAUACAAAAUUACUGUUAUUGGUUCAGGUAACUGGGGUACAACUAUUGCUAAAGUUGUUGCCGAAAAUGCUGCUCAAAGACCACAAUUAUUUGAAUCAAGAGUUGAUAUGUGGGUUUAUGAAGAAGAAAUUAAUGGUCAAAAAUUAACUGAAAUUAUCAACACAAAACAUGAAAAUGUUAAAUAUUUACCAGAAAUUAAAUUACCAGAAAAUUUAGUUGCUAACCCAGAUAUUGUUUCAGCUGCUGAAGGUGCUGAUUUAUUAAUUUUCAACAUUCCACAUCAAUUUUUACCAAGAAUUGUUAAACAAUUACAAGGUGCUAACUUGAAACCACAUGCUAGAGGUAUUUCAUGUUUGAAAGGUUUAGAAGUUACUCCAGAAGGUUGUGAAUUAUUAUCAACUUAUAUUACUGAAAACUUGAAAGUUCACACUGGUGCUUUAUCAGGUGCUAACUUGGCUCCAGAAGUUGCUAAAGAAAAAUGGUCAGAAACUACUGUUGCUUACACUAUUCCAAAUGAUUUCCAAGGUCAAGGUAAAGAUAUUGAUAGAUUAGUUUUAAAAGCUGCUUUCCACAGACCAUACUUCCACGUUAGAGUUAUUGAAGAUGUUGCCGGUACUUCAUUAGCUGGUGCCUUGAAAAAUGUUGUUGCCAUUGGUGUUGGUUUUGUUGAAGGUAAAGAAUGGGGUUCAAAUGCUGCUGCUGCCAUUCAAAGAUAUGGUUUAAAUGAAACUAUUAAAUUUGCUGAAAUCUUUUUCCCAGGUGAAACUAACUCUGAUACUUUCACUAAAGAAUCUGCAGGUGUUGCUGAUUUAAUCACUACAUGUGCUGGUGGUAGAAAUGUUAGAGUUGCUAAACAUAUGGCUAUUACUGGUAAACCAGCUCAAGAAGUUGAAGCUGAAUUAUUAAAUGGUCAAUCAGCUCAAGGUAUUAUCACUGCUAAAGAAGUUCAUGAAUUAUUAGAAAACAAAAACUUGACUAAAGAAUUCCCAUUAUUUGAAGCUAUUUAUCAAAUUGUUUAUGGUAGUGAAACUAUUGAUAACUUACCAAACUUAAUUGAAGAUGAUGGUGAUUUAGAAAACUAA